AUGGCCUCAUCCCCUCCGCUGCUGACCCCGGUCGAGCCGCCACAGCUGUCGCCGUAUCCGCUACAGCCAACAUCGAGCUCACCGCUGGCCAGUCUGUACAACCGUUUCGCGUCAUGGCGAAGCUCGCUCGGCCUCUCUAACCCCGGCACGGUGGAGAACCUCACGAAGGAAGUGAAGAGUACACAUCUGACCAACUUCUUCUUCGACGGCGCGAGGGCAGACCUAUCCAAGAGCUUGUCGGUCAACCCUAUUUUCCAAGUGACGCAUUCAUUUGCGUUGGGCUCACAAACUUCGCCACCAUCCUAUAAUUUCGCUGCAGUGUUUGCUAAUGACAAGGUCUUCUUGCAAGGCAAUGUUGACCAUGACGGCAACGUGAACGGUCGAUUGAACCAGGGGUGGUCCCAAAGCAACGUGUCCAAAGUGCAAGGGCAGCUGUCAUCGCAAGUGGGUCACAGCAUGCUUCAAGCCGAGCACGACUACCUGGGCCAAGAUUACUCGGUCAAUGUCAAGGCGAUCAAUCCUUCUCCCACGGACCUGACAGGUAUCUACAUUGGCAGUUACCUGCAGUCUGUCACCAAAAACCUGGCCCUUGGUUUUGAAACGCUCUACCAGCGACCAACACCAGACAUGGCGGAGUCACAGACUUCGUAUCUUGCGAAGUACACCGGCUCGGAUAAAAAUUGGAUUGCGACCGCCCAGUUGCAACCUGCGGGCAUUGUGCAAGCUACGUAUUGGCAGAAGCUCAGCGAGAAAGUGGAGGUGGCUGCGGAGCUGCAGCUCAUCGCUGCCCCAGCGCGGAGAGAUGCUAUCGCCACGUUGGGCGCCAAAUAUGAUCUGCGCAUGUCGACGUUCAGGGCCCAGCUGGACUCGACUGGAAAGGUCUCGGCGUUGCUUGAACAACGCUUUGCGCCUGCAUUCUCGUUCAUGGUGUCGGGUGAGAUCGACCACUUCAAGAACGCAGCUAAGGUCGGUGUGGGCGUGAUGAUCGAGAGUCCCAGCAUGACCCCGGAGGAGAUGGGCAUGAUGCAGAUGCCGGUACCCCCUGCGCCUUGAUGUUUUACUAUACUACAUUAUAUAGAUCCGCCCUUGCUGCGCCCAAAACAUCCCAGUUCUCC